GAGGGAGCGGCGCGGCGCGGCCGACGGUGCGCUUUCCCAGCGUGGCACCGGCCGCGGGGUGGACCCGGCGGGGGCGCAGGGCGCCGGCGGCAGCUCUUGGGCCGCGGCAGUUCCGGGCUGUUGUGCCAGGCGAUAGCGGCCGGCGCGGCCCGGGCGCGGCGCGGCGCCGGAGGACGUUUUCCCAGGGCGGGGGCUGUUCGGCCCCGGGGCGGGGCCGCGGGCCGGCGACCGCGGGAGCGGCGGAGUCGCUGGGCGUCGGCGGCGGAGUGCGCGAUGGCGCGGGCGGCACAGUGCUUCUAAAACUGAACACAGCAAAAGUAUGGAUAUGGGAAAUCAACAUCCAUCCAUCAGUAGGCUGCAGGAAAUCCAAAAGGAAGUGAAAAGUAUAGAACAGCAAGUAAUUGGCUUCAGUGGUCUGUCAGAUGACAAGAAUUACAAGAAACUGGAGAGGAUUUUAACAAAACAGCUUUUUGAAAUAGACUCUGUAGAUACUGAGGGAAAAGGAGACAUUCAGCAAGCGAGGAAGAGGGCAGCACAAGAGACAGAGCGUCUUCUCAAAGAGUUAGAGCAGAAUGCAAACCACCCACACCGGAUCGAGAUACAGACCGUUUUUCAAGAAGCCCAGUCCCUGGUGAAAGAGAAGAUUGUGCCCUUUUACAGUGGGGGCAACUGUGUAACCGAUGAAUUUGAAGAAGGCAUCCAAGACAUCAUUCUGAGGCUGACACACGUCAAGACCGGGGGGAAGAUCUCCCUGCGCAAAGCAAGGUAUCACACUUUAACCAAAAUCUGUGCGGUGCAAGAGAUUAUCGAAGACUACACGAAAAGGCAGCCUUCCCUGCCGCUCUCCGAGGACGCGCAUCCUUCGGUUGCCAAAAUUAACUCUGUGAUGUGUGAGGUGAACAAGGCCAGGGGCACUCUGAUUGCACUGCUGAUGGGAGUGAACAAUAAUGAGACCUGCAGGCACUUAUCUUGUGUGCUCUCGGGGCUGAUCGCGGAUCUGGACGCUCUGGAUGUGUGCGGGCGGACGGAGAUCCGAAAUUACCGCCGGGAGGUAGUGGAAGAUAUCAACCAGUUACUGAAAUAUUUGGAUUUAGAAGAGGAAGCAGAUAGCACCUACGCAUUUGACCUGGGACAGAAUCAUUCCAUCUUAAAGAUAGAAAAGGUCCUCAAGAGAAUGAGAGAAAUAAAAAACGAGUUCCUUCGAGCACAGAAUCCUCCUGAGUUGUACCUGAGCUCCAAAACAGAAUUGCAGGGGCUGAUCGGACAGCUGGACGAGGUAAGUCUGGAGAAGAACCCUUGCAUCCGGGAGGCUCGGAGAAGAGCGGUGAUCGAGGUGCAGACCCUCAUCACUUACAUCGACUUGAAGGAGGCCCUGGAGAAGAGGAGGUCCUUCGCUUCCGAGGAGCACCCGUCCCAUAAAGCGGUCUGGGACAUCCUGGGAAACUUGUCCGAGAUCCAGGGAGAGGUUCUUUCAUUUGAUGGGAACCGAACGGACAAGAACUACAUCCGGCUGGAAGAGCUGCUCACCAAGCAGCUGCUCGCCCUGGACGCCGUGGACCCUCAAGGGGAAGAGCAGUGCAAAGCCGCCAGGAAGCAGGCGGUGAAGCUCGCCCAGAACAUCCUCAGCUAUCUCGACCUGAAAUCCGACGAAUGGGAGUACUAACGUACCACAGGCCUCACGGUGGCGAGUUCUGCUCUGCACUUUAUAUAUCCUUCCGUGUGUUUAGAGAGAGCUUUCGGUUCGUGGAGCCGAAAUGGAAUUUAUACGUGCAUAUUUCAAUCUCGCUAUUUAUGAUUUAAGCAAAUUCUAUUCGGUAUCUCUGCUGCUUUUGAUGUUGCAAAACGAAUAUGAUUACAGCACAUUAACUUUUCCAUUUGGAUCAUUAUUUGUAUGUUGUGUGGUUUUUGGCGGUUUUUUUCAUCAGAAAGUGGAAUUGGGCAGCUCUUGUGAUCUCUAAGUGGGUUGUGCAGGCAUUAAAAUGCAGACAUUUCAGGAUCUACAUGUAGGCAGAACCUCAUACGAUACUAGAACAAUUAUGAGAAGGGGGAAGAUUUUUGGUUAAGUGGAAGUAACGUCCAAACACAAAAGCAAUGCGGUGAUGUGUUUUAUUAUGCUGAGUAGAGCAGAAGGCUUUCUUUUCCCCCUUAAUUUCUAAGGCCUGAUUGGUCCAACCCAAGUUAAUAGGGUGGGGGUUUUUCUGUUUGUUUUCAGAUUUUCUGUUUUUCUCAUAAGCGUUUUUUUGUUUGAAAAAUGGUGUCUGUGUUUUCCCCCAUACUCUGCACUUAGAGGGGAAAAUCUUAUUUUUGUGUGCAGUGUAAGACAAUUAUGAAAGCUAGUAGCAAAGAAACCUUUGAGACUGCAUCGAAGAAGGGAUCAAACAUCAAAUUGCCUUCAAGUUGCCCUUGUUUGCACAACCUGAAUCUAUAAUUUUCCGUAGUAGUUAGUAAGGAUGGGAACAUUUAGGUAAGGUUAAGAGACCUUUAGAAAAAAAAAGAAAGAGAAAAGGAAACACCCUUACGUGUAGCAGGGUGAUGAAAACCGGAGAUUAGUUACCAAUGUCAGGCUGCUAACACUAAGCCAGCGCGUCUGAACGUGGUGCGGCAUGGGCUGCCUCUGUCGUUCGAGACCGUGUGAUGGACAGACUCCCUGAACCCACCUGCUGCUAUCAUACAGCGUCUGAGAGCAGAACCCGCCGGGAGCUGCGUGGGACCAGAUGUUUCCAGCUUGUCUGAGGAAGUUCGCUACUCACAGCAUCCCACACCCUCGCACUCUGGGACGAAGCCGCAAAACAGCUCUGAGCACCUGCCGCACUCCUUAGCUCGUGUCCCUGGUCCCCGGGUGUUUCUCUAGUGCCCGCGAGAGCCAGUCAGGUCUGUCCACGCGGGACGUGUCUUUCCUCCUGCUGAAGGCAUGCGUCUUUCUGUCAAUGCUUUCUGAGGAUUCGGUUUCAUGGCUGCCAGUCUAUGGGAACAAAAGAAUUUCCCAAAGUUCUGAAGUGCCUCCAUAACAUGUCGGUCCCAGUAUUAUAACAGACAGACUACUCUUUUUUCUGUUCCCACUUUUCACAGAAGAAUCCUGUUAGAGCACAUCUUUUGGACCCUAUAGUCUGUAAUUUUCUCUCAGAGAUACUAAUUUGGUAACUGUGUAAGCAGCUAAGAGUAGGAGAGAAGGGAAUAGCCCUAAAUACCUAAAAAUGAUAAAAGUGUGGCCCUAACAGAUUUUCACUUUGUCCCAUAAUGAAAAGCCCUUGAUGUGUCUUUCCUGCUACAAGUGUUCUAGAUGCAGUGGGCGGUGGGGUCAAAGGCACUGGCACAUGUGCACAGGGCUUUCGCGUGUUGGGACCUUGAGCCCCUCCCUGUGCACACCCCGCCCCCGGCCCCUGCGGGUUCCCAGUGCAGGUCACUGGCAGCUCAUUUUGGCCAAAGUCCUUUUAGGCCUGCUGUUCUGCACGCUAAUUUUAGGGCCCUUUUAAAUCUCGGAGCUUUUAAAUUCGGUGCCGUCACAGUCACCCCGCCGGGAGAUCAGGGCUGACUCCGCCGCAUUGGGUGUAUCCUGCGCAAGGCUCUACUUCAAUUUCAACGUCAGAUUUGGAAGUCUGGCGUCAGCGUUUCCUUCGCAAGCAUCCAUUGUUCUUUGAAAAGGGACCUUCCGGUGCUGUUCAUUUCAAACAAGGUUUGCCGUAGCUCUGGCGGCGCUGGCCCGUGUCGCUAAGCCCGGAGCACUGGUCCGAGGGCACCGAUGCCUUGAGUGGGUGUUCAGGCACGACGUUUCCUGUCUCCCAGCCUGUUCCAGUUCCUUACGCCUGAUUAUUCUCCCUUAAGGAACCCUGGUGACGCGGGAUUUACGCUUCCUGUCCCCCGCAGGGCGGUGUCUGUUAAUGGGGCCUGCCGCAUGUAACCAUAAACUGGGCUCGUUACAUUGUAUUGUAUUUUCAUGACCUGACGUGAGGAGAACCUGUCCUGGAAGUGAAUCCUACCCCUCAAAACGUUUGGCCUUGGGUCUGCAUUAAACGGUAUAGUCCAUGUUCAAGCAAAAACUGGCUGGGAAUGUUUGCUUUCAUUACCUCCCGCGAAGACAUCUUUGCCUUCAGGGCGGUCCUUACCCAAAUUAGAUUAAAGUCAACGACCUAUAAUGAAGAAGUUGUGAAAGUAAAGGUAGGGAGUCUCCGCAGUACAGUGGGAUGCUUUAUUUUGCCUUGGCGUGUGGUGUAUCUGUUACAAGGUACCGUGUGUGAGACGGGGAGGGGGGGCAUCGCUUUUUCUCACGUUUUACUUUGCCAGUUUUUAACUGGUUUUUGAAAGUCUAAGCUUACCCUAUACACACAGGUUAUUUUUGAGCAAAGCUUUUCAGCUUUUAUUUUUCUAAGAAUAACCGAAGAACUAUUUGCCAUUGAUUUUGAUGUACAAUACAGAUGUGUUACCCCAGCGUGUUGGUUCCUGUCCCCUCUCUAUUCGUUGUGUGACUAUUGUAACCGUAUGUCUGAAAUAAUGCAGUAUUUUGAGAUAUUAGUGUGCCCUUAAUUAUUAAUGAAAUAAAAAUCUCCUAGCUUAUCUUCGCAGUGGAGAAAGGA